AUGGCCUUAAGCCAGUCUCUCUUGAGAGCAAUCCCAACCUGUUCAUUCCUCUCUCUAUCCUCUUCUCUUCCCUCCACUUUGCGACGGCUAUAUCCUAGCCCGUUCAAGCUAUUUGAAUUUCCCGCGUCUAAAUUCUCAUGUCUCGGUUACUGCUAUUCGUCAUUGCCUCUCACUCUUGACCACAACUUUGACAAUAACAACAAUCUAUAUUACACAUUUGAACCUGAGGCCUACUACACAUCCCUUCUGUCGAAAUCUACCCACAAGUCCUUUUUAAACCAAAUCCAUGCCCAACUAUUCACAUUUGGGCUCCAGAACAAUGGGUACAUCAUCACCAAGUUCAUUCAUGUGAGCUCUAAUAUCGGGGAAAUCAUUUAUGCCCGGAAGAUAUUUGAUGAAUUUUCCGACCCAUAUGUGUUCUUGUGGAAUGCAAUUAUUAGAGGCUAUUCCAGCCACAACAUGUUCCAUGAAGCUAUUGAUAUGUAUAACAAUAUGCAAGAGGCAUAUGUCAGUCCUGAUUGUUUCACGUUCCCUCAUGUGCUUAAAGCUUGUAGUGGAUUAUCGGCUGUCAAAUUUGGUCAAGCUGUACAUGCUCAAGCGUUUAGACAUGGGUUGGAAUCAGAUGUGUUUGUGCAAAAUGGGCUAGUCACACUGUAUACAAAAUGUAGGAAGAUUGAGCUGGCUCGCAUUAUUUUCGAUCGAUUGGUUGAAAGAAAUAUAGUUUCUUGGACUUCUAUUAUUUCUGGCUGUGCGCAGAAUGGACAGCCUAUUGAGGCUUUGAGAAUUUUUUGUGAAAUGAGGAAAUUGAAUGUGGAACCUGAUUGGAUUGUAUUGGUAAGUGUUCUAAGGGCUUAUAGUGAUGCUGAGGACUUGGAACAAGGUAAAUGUGUUCACAGUUUGGUGAUGAAAAUGGGACUUGAAUAUGAACCAGACUUGCUUAUAGCACUUACAGCUAUGUACUCAAAAUGUGGGCAGAUCAUGGUGGCUAAACUGUUGUUUGACCUAAUGGAGGUCCAGGAUGUUAUUUUGUGGAAUGUCAUGAUUUCAGGGUUUGCUAAAAAUGGUCAUGCUAGCAAAGCUGUAGAGCUUUUCCAAAAGAUGUUGAUGAGAAACAUUAGACCAGAUUCAGUGACAGUACAGUCCACAAUAUUGGCUUGUGCUCACGUAGGAUCACUUGAUCAAGCAAGAUGGAUGGACAAUUAUGUAUAUAACAGCAAGUUUAGAGAUGAUAUCUGUGUGAAGACAGCUCUUAUUGACAUGUAUGCCAAAUGUGGAAGUGUAGAAUUAGCUCGAAAAGUGUUUGAUCAGUCAAUACACAGAGAUGUUGUCCUAUGGAGUGCAAUGAUAGUAGGUUAUGGAUUGCAUGGGCGGGCCCGAGAAGCCAUUGAUCUUUUUAAUAUGAUGAAGAGUGCAGGUGUGCACCCUAACGAUGUAACUUUCAUUGGGCUUCUUACUGCAUGUAAUCAUUCUGGUCUAGUGAAGGAGGGAUGGGAACUUUUCCACAGCAUGAGACUUUAUGGGAUUGAGCCACGGCACCAACAUUAUGCUUGUGUUGUUGACUUACUUGGCCGUUCUGGACAUCUGGAGAAGGCUUACAAUUUUAUCCAGAAUAUGCCAAUUGAACCAGCUGUCUCAAUUUGGGGAGCACUAUUGAGUGCGUGCAAAAUCCACCGCCAUGUGAAACUGGGAGAAUAUGCUGCAGAGAAACUCUUUUCUUUAGACCCACUGAAUACCGGGCACUAUGUGCAACUAUCAAAUUUGUAUGCUUCAACACGCAUGUGGGAGGGAGUAGCAAAGGUACGAGUAUUGAUGAAGGAGAAAGGUUUAACUAAGGACCUUGGGUAUAGUAUGAUUGAAGUAAAUGGAAAGCUUCAAGCAUUCCGAAUGGGUGACAAGUCUCAUCCAAGGUCAGAGGACAUCUAUAAGGAGCUUGAGAUAUUGGAGAGGAAGUUAAUGGAGGCAGGAUUUGUUCCAGAUGCAGAAUCUGCUUUGCAUGAUCUGGACACUGAAGACAAACAGGUGUCUUUAUGUAAUCACAGUGAGAGAUUAGCCAUUGCCUAUGGGUUAAUUAGCACUCCACCUGGGACAACACUAAGGAUUACAAAGAAUCUAAGGGCAUGCGUAAAUUGUCAUUCAGCAACUAAGCUGAUAACAAAGCUUGUGAACAGGGAGAUAGUAGUUCGGGAUGCAAACCGAUUUCAUCAUUUCAAGGAUGGAUUUUGUUCUUGUGGAGAUUUUUGGUGAGAUGGCUACAACUAGCUUUCUGAUUAUACUCAGCAGAAUACCUACCCAGAAAGCUCGGCUGUUAUUUGUCCAUGUACUUUACAGUACAUCAGAACAUGAUCAGGAGGCUUGUUUUCGUUCUUGGCAAACUGAUAGCCCCCACAAAAAUCUGAAAAGGUUUUCACUGGAUUUACCAAAAAGACAAACGUCAGAGAGUUUGUGCUUUGUAGUGCCUUUUCGCACAUUGGCCGGCUCCAUCAGUCUGUGUGCCAAAAAGUCCUCUGCUGCUGUUCACACCUUGAAGGAAUCCAACACAGAUUCAAACUAUCAGGUUCUUCCACUCUCUUAGAUCCGAGUGCAGGCUUGGUUUGCCUAGCUAAAAAGUCUCAAUUGACCAGCCAGUGCCUAUUGAAAUUUCGGCCUCUCAGCAGGAUAGUCCUUGCAUCUUGUCUACACUAUGUGCAUAGACAUCUAAAGAACGUAUAAGGUAAGUCCAUGGUGAAAUGGCUCCAUUAAUCCACCUAAUACUGAUUUAGAUGCGAUAAAAGUUACAUUUCAUUUGAGAGGUAGAGCCAAUACGGCUGGGAGAGAGAGCUUAAAAUUAGGACGCGAGUGUCAUAGUGCGGAGUGUGACGGAGCCACCCUCCAAAUAGACUAGACCUUUUAUGAAGGACUUCUAAUCUCCCAGAAUUUAGUUGUCACAGUUGGGAAUCUCAAUCUUUCUUCUUUCAUUUACUUGGGAUUUCCAG